UUGCAGGGAGGGGCGCCGAGUCGCAAGAAUGGUGGCCGUGGGAGACUCCCUCUGUUGACCGUCUGUCGAUCGAUCCUCGAAAGUCCCUCCAAUGCGCAGGUACCAAACGGAAGUAAAAGCAACCUACUCUCUUCGCCUUGCUGGUUCACCCAUCAGUAGAAGGAGCAGCAGCAGCAGUAGUAGAAGAGGAGAAGGCAACCAGCUUCACAGGCGGGAAGAUGUUUCUUAGAUGUGUUCUAAGGAGGUUGGUAUCGAAGCCAAGAUUUAGCGCACAGGUUGCAAAUGGGUACACGAAUUACAUAGUGGCUGGUGCUAAUGCCACGUGUCUAGUUAAAAACUCUGGUGGCAUAUAUCCAUGGACUCCUUUCGGAAAUGUAUUGGGUUGCAGAGAAUCUUAUCAUUGGGGUUCACAUGCCUUUCAUGAUGUAAGGUAUCAAGUUCAUCAAGACGGCAGUUCCUUGGUCGAGGAGGAAUUGGAUCCUUUCUCCCUCGUUGCUGAUGAAUUAUCACUCCUUGCAGAUCGACUGCGUGCCAUGGUAGUUGCGGAGGUUCCUAAACUGGCUUCUGCUGCAGAAUAUUUCUUUAAAAUAGGGGUGGAGGGGAAGAGAUUUCGGCCCACGGUUUUGUUGUUAAUGGCAUCAUCACUAUCUCUUCAUGUACCUGUAAAAGUCACAGGUGCUGCAUUUGAUAGUUUGUCAAAGGAACUACGUACACGACAGCAGUGUAUUGCAGAGAUCACUGAAAUGAUCCAUGUGGCAAGUCUUCUUCAUGAUGAUGUUUUAGAUGACGCAGAGACGAGGCGUGGUAUAGGUUCACUGAAUUUUGUAAUGGGAAAUAAGAUAUCAGUGCUAGCUGGAGAUUUUUUGCUUUCAAGGGCUUGUGUUGCCCUUGCAUCUUUGAAAAAUACAGAGGUUGUAUCAUUGCUUGCUACUGUUGUCGAGCAUCUUGUGACUGGUGAAACAAUGCAGAUGACAACUACUUUAGAUGAACGUUGUAGGAUGGAUUAUUAUCUGCAGAAGACAUACUAUAAGACAGCAUCACUGAUUUCUAAUAGCUGCAAAGCCAUUGCUUUGCUUGCUGGGCAAACGGCAGAAGUUUCCAUGCUUGCAUACGAAUAUGGUCGAAAUCUGGGAUUAGCAUUUCAGUUGAUUGAUGAUGUUCUUGACUUCACUGGCACAUCUUCUUCCCUUGGGAAGGGUUCUCUGUCUGACAUUCGCCAUGGGAUAGUGACUGCUCCAAUGUUAUUUGCUUUGGAAGAGUUCCCUCAGCUACGUGCUGUUGUUGAUAGAGGGUUUGAAGAUGCUGCAAAUGUUGAUAUCGCACUCGACUACCUUGGCAAAAGCCAAGGAAUACAAAGGGCAAGAGACCUAGCAGCCAAGCAUGCCAACCUUGCCGCUGCUGCCGUUGAAUCCUUUCCUGCAACUGAUGAUGAAAACAUGCGGAUGUCAAGACGGGCAUUGGUUGAACUCACGCAGCGUGUCAUUACUAGGACAAAAUAAUCCCGAAGGAAUGCCAUAUUUUCCUUCUAAAAAUGCUUUUCUUUAGAUAUCUGUUUUUUCCAGUUCCUAGUUCUUUCAAUUUAUGUUCUUUAAAAUUUUUCUACUUGUCAGCUUCCUUAAUUUUUUUAAAUGUAAGAAUAAAUGAUUUUUUAUGGUUUUAGGGAAGCAAUUGGCAAUUUCCACGAAUAUGUUCAUUGGGUUAUACAUGUGUCAAUGUUGACCAUAGUCUCACAAAAAUGCAUCCAUCAUAGACGAAGUAUUAGCAAGAAAGAACAUUGUGUUAUUGGAAAACAUGUUUCCACAAAUAUAUAUUUUAAAAACAUCAUGUUUUUUUA